UCCGUUUUCCAGGCAACAGUCCUUCCAACACUGGACAUAGAGACCCCACUCCGAGCACUGCUGGGCGCACCGCCCCUUCCUCUGCGCAUGCGCAUGCUGCAGUCCUGCUCCUGGUCCAUCCCUGGUUUGUGUCCCUCCUGGGAAACAAUUCCUGGCCUUCGGCUCCGUGCACUGCUGGAGCGGCGGGCUACUACUUCUCGUGCAGGCAAUAACCUGCGGUGGUCGCAGGGAGCCCACCCUCGCUGGAGGCCUUUGGAUUGGUCCCCAGGGCUCAGUGUUUGGAGUGGAAGAGGAAAAGUGGUUAGCUAGCCACCAAGCCUCCUGCCCCGCACACACCCGGGAUCCCAAUUCUGAAUUUGGUACUCGCUCAUGUGUUUUGUGUAAUGACACAGUAUCCUGAAACCAUGGAAGGCUGUGUGCUCGCCGAAAGUCUGGGACAAGUUUAAGGAGAGAGGUGGGUGCUAACGGGAAACAAGUGUUGCAUUCAUUCAGCGCAGAGUAUCUAAGCAGCUUGUGUUAGAGCCACACCUGAAGAAGUCCCGCCCUGCUUGGAGCUGCAUGCAGGGCAGGCCAAGUCUCUCCUGACAUCAUUCUUCCUUCUCCCUCAGCUUUCCCACCUCUACCCAGAGCAGAAAUGAAGAAAUCCAAGGAACAAGUGUCUUUCAAGGAUGUAUGUGUGGAUUUCAGCAAGGAAGAGUGGUAUUUACUGGACCCCGCCCAGAAGGUGCUUUAUAGAGAUGUGAUCCUGGAGAAUUAUAGCAACUUUGUCUCAGUAGGGCAUUGUGUCACUAAGCCAGAUGUAAUCUUCAAGAUAGAGCAAGGAGAAGAUCCCUGGAUACCAGAAAAUGGAUUCCAAUGCUACCCAGAAAGGAAAUGGAGAGUGGACGGCAUAUUAGAGAGCAGCUGGGGAAGUCAAGAUGGGCAUUUUCGGCCACUCACGCUCACCAAUACGAUUACAAAUCUAGAGAGCGGGGGUAGCUCAAGAAAAGCUUCCAGUCCAGACAUUGACUCUGUUUCUUCAAGAAGUUUUUUGCCCAAAGUAUGUGACUCAUGUGAAAUGAAUUUAAAGAAUAUUUCAGCUGUAAUUAUUAGCAAAAAGAACUAUGCCAGAAAGAAACUUACUGAGUUUAAUAUAUAUAAGAAACCCUUCCCUGACAGUAGACAUGAGAACAUUCCUGUGGGUACAAAGUCAUGUGACUUUGAUGGGAAAAGGGGUGGCCUCGGCCUCUGCCAGGAUCUCACUCGGCCAGAUUCUGAUCGGCCUUUUGAGUAUCAUGGAGCAGAACAAGGCUUCUGUGAGGAUGUGGCCCUUUGUACACAUCAGAACUCUCAGCUAGGGGAGACUCUCUGUAAGCACAUGGAAUGUGGAAGAACUUUCAUUGACAGUUUGAAGCUCAGUGUAUCUCAGAAAACUGGUUUGCAUAUGGAGCCUCAUGAAUGCAGUAUUUGUAGAAAGCCCUUCUGUGUGGAUUUGCAGUUUGGACAUCAGAGAGCUCUCUCAGGAAACAGUCCUUAUGAGCAUAAUGAAUGUGAGAAGCUCUUCUGUGCCAGUUCAGCUUUCAUUGUUCAUCAGGAAGCUUACACAAGAAGGACCGCCCCAGGGUGUAGAGUGAGUAACAGAACUUGGGGAAAGCCAGCUCUCUUUAAACAUCAGAAAAUACAGAUGGGAGGAAAACACUAUGACUAUAGGAAAGUUUUCAGCCAAAAAUCACAUCGCACCCAGUCUCGAAGACCUCAUAUAGGAGAAAAAACAUUUGAAUGUGGUGAAUGUGGUAAAAUGUUUUGGGAGAAAUCUAACCUUACCCAGCAUCAGAGAACACACACAGGAGAGAAACCAUAUGAAUGUACGGAGUGUGGGAAAGCCUUCUGCCAGAAGCCGCACCUUACCAACCAUCAGCGGACACACACGGGAGAGAAACCCUAUGAGUGCAAGCAAUGUGGGAAAACGUUCUGUGUCAAGUCAAACCUUACUGAACAUCAAAGAACACACACUGGGGAAAAACCUUACGAAUGUAACGCGUGUAGGAAAUCCUUCUGCCACAGGUCAGCCCUAACUGUCCAUCAGAGAACACAUACAGGAGAGAAGCCAUUUAUAUGCAAUGAAUGUGGGAAGUCAUUUUGUGUGAAGUCAAACCUGAUUGUACAUCAGAGAACUCACACGGGGGAGAAACCCUAUAAGUGCAACGAGUGUGAGAAAACCUUCUGUGAGAAAUCAGCACUCACUAAACACCAGAGAACUCACACGGGGGAGAAACCCUAUGAGUGUAACGUGUGUGGGAAGAACUUCAGUCAGAGGUCGGUACUCACCAAGCAUCUGAGAAUCCAUACCAGGGUGAAAGCUCUUUUAGCGUCCUGAAUGUUUAGCUUUUGCAUGCCUGUCAAGUCAGUUGUACAGUUUUAAAAAUGAGCUUAGAGCCUGCCAAAGAAUACCAUGGAGUACGAGAAAAUACCAUUUUGUUGGAAUGCAUGAAAGUUUUCAAGAAAAUAAAACUGUCAUUGGAAAGAUUAUAUUGAAGGGAAAUUAUUCAUAUAAAUAAUAUAGUAAAAAAUACCUUAGAAAUUAAAUUGUGUAAUGUCUUCCAAAUGUGUUUCAAAUUUGUAUUUUAAAUAUGAUGACUAAUAUUAAUCUUACUUGUAUUCAUAGGAAAGUAUGAAUCUUAAAAAUGAGCAUCUACAGCAUUAAUCAUACAUGUAACGACCAUGUGGUGUUUACAGACCCUGUGUGGGUAUGUUAAUGUAAUAGAAGUCUAGAAAACCCUCAGUUUGCGUAUUGGAACCCAGAAAGGAUGUGAGAAAGAAUUUGAACCCUUAGUUUAAUAACUGUUAUGCUAUACUUUCCACACUAAAUGCCACCAGCAUCUUUAUAGGUUGAUAGGAUUAUGUAUGUUUCUGAACAUAUUUGUGAAUGUAAUCUAGAUGUAUGUAUAUGUAGAUAUACUCAUAUGCAUGUACCUGUAUACAAAUGUUGUUGUCAUAAAGGCAGCUCAUACCACUUAAAAGUGCUAAUGAUUGUUAAAAUGUCAGGAACUUUGUGGAUCAGUUGUUUAAUACUACAUGAAAUUGCAGUUAAAUUAUACUGAGAGCAAGGGAAAUAAAGAGCACUCACCAUUCCUAA